UAUAGCCUUUGUUUAGGUGCCUCAAUGGCAGAAUGUCAAAAAUAAAUAGGUUAUGUUUCUUAACCUAGAAAAAAAUAAAAAGUGCUUUUAAAAACGGGUGUAUUCUUGUAAAAAAGCAGAGAAACAUUAUUUUAGAGCUGACAACAAAUCUAGGUAUGGGUAUAAGUUACUUAAUGUACUAAUUUUUACAUUGCAUUAUUAUUAACCAUAGAACUUGGCCGAGAUGGCUGAAGAAGCCAAAGAAAAUAUAAUGGUAAAAACCAGUAAUACGACUUUCCUAAGAGAAAAAGUAUCUGGUUAUGAUUGGAAUAAAGGAAUGGAUUUUAACAAACUACUUGAGAGCUACCUACACACAGGAUUUCAAGCUACUAACUUUGGAUUAGCAGUUAAUGAGAUUAACAGAAUGAUAGAAUGCAGAAAAUUACCAAUACCUAAAGACAAGUUUAUAGAUACUGAAGACUCAUUUACUGUUGUUAGAAAUAGUUGUACGAUCUUUCUAGGCUAUACUUCUAAUAUGGUUUCUAGUGGGAUAAGGGAGACUAUUAAAUUUUUGGUGCAACACAAAAUGGUAGAUUGUAUUGUUACAACAGCAGGAGGUGUGGAGGAAGACCUAAUAAAAUGCAUGGCUCCAACUUACCUAGGAAAGUUUAGUUUAGAUGGUAAAACUUUAAGAGAAUCGGGCAUAAACCGAAUAGGAAAUUUGCUUGUUCCAAAUGAUAAUUAUUGUAGUUUUGAAAAUUGGAUUAUGCCUAUUUUUGAUAACAUGUUAAAAGAACAAAAAGAACAAGGCGUAUUGUGGACACCAAGUAAAAUAAUAACAAGGUUGGGCGAAAAAAUUGAUAACGAAGAAAGUAUUUAUUAUUGGGCAGCCAAAAAUCAGAUUCCAGUGUUUUGUCCUGCUUUAACUGAUGGUAGUAUUGGAGAUAUGGCGUUUUUGCAUUCCUAUAGAAAUCCUGGAUUGGUUUUUGAUAUUUUAUCAGACUUGAGGAGGCUAAAUUCAAUGGCAGUAAAGGCAGUGAACACUGGAAUGAUAAUUUUAGGAGGUGGAGUUGUUAAGCACCAUAUAUGUAAUGCCAAUUUAAUGAGAAAUGGUGCUGAAUUUUCAGUUUUUGUAAACACUGCAUCUGAAUUCGACGGGAGUGACGCAGGAGCAAGGCCAGAUGAAGCAAUAUCAUGGGGAAAAAUUAAAAAAGACGCAACUCCGGUCAAAAUUUACGCAGAAGCAUCCUUGGUAUUUCCUUUGCUUGUCAGUCAAACUUUCGCAAGAGAUCUUUUUAAUAAAGAGGACAAAAAUUAG